UCUCUGUCUCUGUAUCUCUCUCCUCGGUCUCUCUCCUCCCCUCUCCCCAUCUUCCUACCCCUCCAUCUCCCCCAAGCCCACCCCCAUCCCCAACAUGGGAUUCACUGACCUCUCCUCGGCGAUGCACAGAGUCGGCCUCGACAAGAAGGAGCCCAAGAAGGACGGCGACCGCGGCCUUGGCUCCAAGCUUAUGGAGGCCGGCAUGAAGUAUGCAUCCGGCAAGCCGGGCCAGCAGGGCCAGAGCCACGGCCAGAGCCACAACCAAGGUUAUACUUCUGGUGGCUCAGCGGACGCGUACUACAACCCCAAUGCACAGGGGUCGCAUGGUUCCUACGGCGGUGGGGGCGGUGGUGGCUCGUAUGCCGGCGGCGGCGGGCAGCAGAAUUAUGGUGGCGGCGCGUACGGCCAGCAGCAGGGACAGUAUGGCGGACAGCAGCAGUAUGGCGGCCCUCAGCAGCAGCAGUAUGGUGGCCAACCCCAGCACGGCGGACAGCAGCAGUACGGCGGUCCCCAGCAGCAGUACGGCGGGCCCCAGCAGUACGGCGGCUCCCAGCAGGGUGGCGGGCAGUACGGCCAAGGUGGCCAGUACGGCGCUCCGCAGCAGCACGGCCAGUACGGUGGCGGCGGCGGAAGCGGUGGCUACAACGCCCAAUCGGGCCAGUACUCGAGCCAACAGGGCGGCCACCAGACCCAGGCCCAGGCGGGCGGUCUUGGUGCCGUGGGAGGGCUGAUCGGCAGCGCUCUCGGCUCGAAGCCCUCCAAGCCUGGACAGCAGCAGGGCGCUCAUUCCUCGGGCGGUCUUGCUUCUGGUCUCGGCGCACUUGCUUCUUUUGCCGGCGGAUCUAAGCCGCACGGACAGCACCAGCACCAGCAGCAGCAGCACCAACAGUCCCAGCAGCACUCGUCGGGCGGCGGCCUUGGCGGUCUGGCAGCCAUGGCGGGGCCCGCUCUCGCCGCAUACGCCGGCAAGCCCUCGAAGCCGUCGGGCGGACACGGCCAUAGCAGUGGCGGUGGUCUUCUCUCCAUGGCCGCGGGCAUGGCGGGUGGGUCUCACGGUUCGCACGGCUCGGGCCACAGCAAGCCCAGCGGCCUGAUGGGGCUGGCUGGCGGCAGCAGCAGCAGCGGGCACAGCAGCAGCGGCGGCAAGCUCGGAGCUCUGGCCGGCCUUGCUGGCGCCGUGGGUGGUGGAAAGCACAGCAGCGGGGGUGGCGGUAAGCUCGGUGCGCUCGCUGGGCUGGCAGGUGCUGCGGGCGCCAUGAGCGGCAAGCGUGACGUUGGCGAGAAGCAGCAUGACCAGCACGGCCAGCACGACCACCACGCCCAGUCGUAUGGCGCACAGGACCACGGCUACGGUCAGCAGCAGUACCAGACCCAGCCGGGCGGGCACGGAGACGGUGCGGCCGCGAGCUACUACUCGCAGGCGUCGAGCCGUCCUUGAUAGCGUGCGACGAGUGGCCGAGCGCGCAGGGGCAGAGGAAGCAUACAUGGCUGGGUUCUUGAGGAUCUGUAGAUAUUAGAGAGAUACAUACGCAAUACACGAGUACGUGAAAGGUGAAGGGCUUGCACAGCUGGCUAGCACGACUCGUCGUCGCGG